CACAUACACAUCAUUGAUUCUUAACUUUAAGGUGGACCAUCUGCGUCCUUGUUGUAGAUCUUUCUUUAUCAACUGCUAUCCAAGAUUCAAUUUCUUGUUGCCGUGCUUGUUCAUUUUUUCAUUCUCUGACUCAUCCAAAAUAGAAAAAGCAUAAGCAAGUAGUUGUUCUACAGUACAACUUCUAGUUUGUCUUGUCUUCGAUCUUCAGCUUAUUAAUGGCCUCUUUUCUCACGCACGAGUCUGCUCAAGAAGCAGUGAGAGCUGGACUGCGACAUGCACAGGAAUCGCUGAAAAUCAACGUGGGUAUCACGAUUGUCGACCAUAGUUAAGGCUUCCCCUGAUUCAUUCAACAUGUUGGUUCUAUGUAUGCAUAGGGAUUCCUCAACAACAAACUAGUACAACUGUAAAUACAUUUAUAGAUACUCUUGUCGAAAAGUAGAGAUCUGCUCCACAGCUGGAAGAGGGAUCUGCUCCACAGCUCUAACUUAGUGGCGAGCUCCUGUCCGCAACUCGCAUGGCCACCGCAAUGCCUGCAGCAAGUAAUAUUGCCUUAGGAAAAGCCAAGACCGCUUAUUCUUUCGCACGCGACACCAUGCUGCUGGAGAAGGGGAUCAAUGGCGGACGUGCUGCUCUCGCCAGCAGUGGUUACGUCUUGAUGUUAUGGAAGAAAAUUUUUCAUUAUUACACAGAUAGUGAUAGUCCAUCUCCAUGAUGAUGAUCUUCGUGCCCACUGUUCGACGGAAACAUUCACAUUUUUUCAAGUAAGUACGUUUAAUUCAAGGACAAAUCUCUAUCUCGCUUGUCUACCUACCUAGCUUGUCUAAUGAUUGGCGGUGGCGUCUUUCUCGGGAGAAACGUUGGUGCAGUCGGAGUGUCCGGAGGCAAGCCUGAGGAGGAUCAUGAGAUUGCGCAGGCAGUGAAAAAUGCCCUUGGCGCAUUAGGGGUGGCGAAACUGUAAGAAGAUAGAUGAUGUAAAAUGAAGUAGUAAGUUUUGGGCAAGCUGCUGAAUACGAAUAGAUUCGAAUCAUCUAGGCAGUCACUCUAAGCUGUACAAGUAUAAUUGACAACACUAAAAACAGUUGAUAGAUUAUGUGAUGGUUGUGGUAGUGAUUAAGUAGAUGAUCCAUCAUCCAAUUUCGUUCAGAGCCCACUCUGCCUUGAUUAGCGCGCAUAGUCAGGGCAAUCGAAGUUGAUUUUUCUAGGGUCGAUAAAGCUAACGAUUGAUGGACACUACGGCCACUAUUUUGUUAGAAAGUUUGCAUGUCGUGGCAGUAAUUUUUAAAGCACGCAGAACAGAAAAAGCCAAUGUAUUCAUAGUGUAAAAAUCGCUUCCAAGACAGUCAGGGGAUAUUUUGCAUUACUUUCCAACACACGGACACGAAGGAUAUAUGAUUCUUGUUGAGCCUCUUCACUAUUUCUAUUCUUGUUGAGGCUCUUCACUAUUUCUACCAAGUGAUUGAUUUUGAUUGAAAAGUUUUUGAUAAUAGUUCGCUUCUAGAAUUGCUCUCUACUUGUUGGAUAGCUCUACCUCUACAGCCAUUGGGAUCGUUCAGUCCUCCUAUCUCGUCGUCCACGGUCUUCACCUGAGGGCGUGCACCGAUCGAAGUUAUCGAUGGAGAACCACGACAAAUCCUGUUGUUCAAUACUGCACGUUCCUACACCAGUAAUUUAGCUGUGUUCAUCGCACAGAUGAAAUGAAAUUUCCUGUCUGGUGGUGGUCUUUGAAGACUGAUUCUCAUAAUGGUAAUGCUAAGGACGCACGCGGAAU